AUGCCACUCCCCUCUCCAUUUCCUCUCACUUUCCUUUUCAAGGUGCUCGGGCUCCAACCUUGGAACGUAAGGAAAGCAACACGCCAUGGAAGGUAUGCAAAGCACGACGCCCCAUUUGGCCUUUGGACUGCCGUGGUCGAGUUCCUGGAGCAUCUAAACUUGAAUGCAGCCAGCCUUGCCAGUGCGUCUUCUCGUCUCGGAGGCAGAGUUGGAGAAUUCGCCGGUACGUCGGCAGGCUCGACCAAUAAGGUCAUGAGCGAGGUCAUGGACUCGUCUUGGUCUGCUUUCAGAGUUUUCAUGGGCAACAACAACGUCGCUCCCAACGGCAAAGUAGAUGAAAACCCCCUGGAGACUUCUGCGGAAGCCUUUGGACAAACUUUCCGGGUCGAUGUUACGAUUUACGCUUUGGGUCUAGAAGCCAUUUGUUCUCUUUUCGUGGGCCGCUUCCGUGGGCUUCGUGGGCUUCGUGGGCUUCAUGGGCUUCGUGGGCUUCAUGGGCUUCAAGGGCUUCAUGGGCUUCGUGGGCUGAGUGGGCUGAGUGGGUUGGGUUGA